AUUUAAGCCACCACCACCGGGGUAGGAAGCAUCGAGUCACCUGCUCAUUCAACAUCUCAUCACUUACGGUGUAGUCAAACAUGAGUUCCUUCAGUGUUACGACAGUCGUCGCCUUAUUGGCGAUAAAUGUCUCAUUCGUGUUCGGCUGGGGCUACCGCGCUUCCGAUCAGCGCCGAUGGGCGGUGCUGCACCCAGCCUGCGGAGGCCGCCAGCAGUCUCCAAUCGCCAUAUCAGCGCGCCAGGCCAUACCCAUUUCAAUUCCAGCGAUGGAACUCAUCGGCUACCAGAACCCACUGCCUGGACCGCUCACCAUCACCAACAAUGGCCACUCUGUGGCUCUAACGAUUCCAAAGUACAGUUCGGAGGAAGAGAAGAAAGGGUUCCGUCUGCCGUACAUAUUCGGCGGGCCUCUAGACAACGAGUACGAAAUCGAGGGACUGCACUUCCACUGGGGAGACAAGAACAACCGCGGCUCAGAGCACACGCUCAACGACAUGCGCCUGCCCUUGGAAAUGCACAUCAUUCACAGAAACAAGAAGUACAGGAACUUAGCUGAGGCUCUUCAACACCCUGAUGGUCUUUGCGUGCUCGCCUUCUUCUACCAGGUGGUCGAGUUUGAUGCUAAGCUGCUGACGCCCCUCGUGAAGAAUCUCUCAGCCAUCGAGAACUACAACACCAGCAUGCAGUUGCCGCACACCUUCUCGCUGUCCUCCAUCUUGUCCGGGCUGGAUACAGAACGUUUCUACACUUACAAGGGUUCCCUCACCACGCCGCCUUGCGCUGAAGCCGUCACAUGGGUCGUGUUCUCGGACUACCUCCCGAUCUCGGUCUUCCAGAUGGAUAACUUCCGUGGCCUCCUGUCCAACCUGAACUUGCCUCUUGUGGACAACUUCAGGCAGCUGCAGCCACUCUUCGGUCGCAGGGUCUUCGUCCGCAUCACCUCCAAGAAUCCCAAAUUCAAGAAGACCAAGCUCCACUAUUCCAAAUGGGACUGGGUUGGUCACAAGAAGGCCGAAAAUGAUGUCGCCGAAUUUGACGAAUAAAUUUUAACCACCGAUGUUAAUGUAAAAGCACUAACACAUAGACUACGGGUACCUUAUUUACUUUAGCACUAAUCACGACACCAAAUACUAGCGACUGGUAAUAUUUUUAACUGUAUAUCUCAUUAUGGUUGUAAUUUGUAUAAUGUAAUUUGUAUAUAAUUUAAUAGUGUUAAGUAUUAAUAUGUAAGUUUGUUAAAAAUAAAGAAAGGAAUACAUUUUAAGCUGCUUUAUUUAU